CGGUUGCAAUAGAGGUCUCACUUGAUAUUUGGCGAUCAGAUUGGCAUUUGUAUCGCGAGUUUCACCAAAUGUGGUCUCAUAUUAAGGCAACCAUUGAUUUGAACGCUAUUUGAGUGAAUUGUUUGUCGCAUAUAUGGCUAAUAGUUGUCAUUAACACACUUCACACCAAUUGGUUGUGUUUUGAAAGCCGUGAACACAUCUAACACUUCAUACAUUUGCCGACAUUUGAAUUGAAAUCAAAUGUUGUUUUUAUUUUGAUUAUACCUUUUAUUACCACUCAUUGAUCACCGCUUACACCACGAGACCACGCGCUCGCAUGUCAUUCAAUUGAUCCAAUUGGUGACACCCAUUGACAACAGCUAUUCGUUUACCAAUCAUUGUCUCAAACUAUUGGUUAUGCAUUGAAAUGGCAGUCAAACAGAGAAAGAUUGCUUUAAUGGGUUUCCGAUCAGUCGGCAAGUCUUCGUUGACCCUCCAGUUCGUUGAGGGACAGUUCGUCGACUCAUACGACCCCACCAUUGAAAACACUUUCGUGAAGAAUGUCAAAGUGAAGGGUCAGGAGUAUAGCCUGCGUUUGGUGGACACCGCCGGUCAGGACGAGUACUCAAUCUUCCCGCAGGCCUACGCCAUCGACAUCCACGGCUAUUGUCUGGUCUAUAGUAUCAAUAGUCAGAAGUCCUUCGAAGUGGUUCGAGUGAUCUACGAGAAGCUCUUAGAUAUGACCGGAAAAGUGCAGUGA